AGCAGAAAUGAAUAUCUAUGUUAAAUCAAUUUAGAAGUCCUUUAGUAAUACAAAUUUUCUAAAGAUGUUAAUGAGUCAGUGCACUUACUUUUCAUCUGCUAUAUAUAAUUUUUGUUACAGGUAGGCAAAAAGAGAACUAAUGAUGGAUAAUACCAUCCAUAUGAUGAGUCGCGUGUAUACGCAACAUUAAAUAUCAUCUGUUAUAUAAUGUGUACUGUAUCGUUCCCUCCUAAACGCAAAAAGAGGAUAACUACUUCUUUGCGCCAAUACAGGUAUCCGCUUUUUGCGUCGACGUGGAGAUAUAUUUACGUUCUUUAUCAAGUAGCGGAUUGAUUCAAACAAAGGAAAUUUAUUUAUAUAUAUUAUAUGUGACUGUGUGUAUCAUGUGCUGCUAAUAUAAUGAGAAAACUAUGACUGACCGAGGGGAAUUUAAGUGCCCAACACCUGAUGAUACUUUUUCUUGUGUAGUACAUUUUGUAGUUGAAUAACAAGGGACAUUAAAUAUCUGCAUCAUAUUGCUGAACACAGUUCAUCUUUUUAGCAGUAAUAUACAAAUGUCAACAAAUGUUCAUGCCGUAUGCAUUAUGUCUGUAAACAAGAUUCGCAGGGACGUAGACGGAGGAUGGGCGUGGAUUGUACUUGUCGCAGUGUAUUGUGGAAAAUUAAUACUUUCGACAACAUUGUAUAUGUCGGGAGUGUUCUAUGUGGCAUUCGUGGAUUAUUUCCAUGAUGAUGCGGCUAAAACCACUAUUAUAGGGUCCUUAAAUUCUGGACUGAUGUGCCUCUGUGGACCAUUUGUAUCGAUUUUAAUCGCUUCUUACAGUUGUCGAGUGUGUCUGGUACUUGGUGGCAUCCUCAUAUCAUUGUCCUACUUUGUAAGCGCUUUCAUUGACAACAUGAACUACCUCAUACUGACUCUCGGAGUUUGCGGAGGUAUUGCAAACUCUAUCGCAUCAAUUCCUAUGAGUGUGACGUUAGGGUACUACUUUCAGGAACGGAGGAAUACAGUAAUAUCACUUUCUAUGGCAGUAAUUGGUCUUGCGAUGUUUAUUGCGUCUCCAUUAUCACUGUAUUUAUUACAUUCUUAUGGUUUGAAAGGGACUUUUAUGAUAGUUGGUGGCUUAAGUGCUCAUCUUUGCAUUUGUGGCGUAAUUUGCAAACCUUCGGAUGCUGAAAUUGCUUUACAAAAAGAGAGAAAUGCUAUUAAAAUCAAAGAAACAAUGCUGAGACAGCGAACUAAUACCUUGAUACCUUCUAAUAAACUUAAGGGUGUUUUAAAUAGCUUUAAUAUAAAUUUAUUCAAAAAUAUAUCAUUUAUGUUAUUUUUGCUAAGUACUAUUACGUGGAAUAUAAUGCAGUCAGUUUGCUUAAUGCAUCUACCGAACUACAUCGUUACCAAAGGUUUUCCAGAAAGUUCUAUAACUCUCAUUAUGACCGUAUUUGGAGUCAGUAAUACUGUAGGUAGAUUUCUCUCGGCACUAACUGUUGGAGCAGGAGGUAUAGAUAGCUUAACACUUCAUGUAGGAACGCUUGGUGUAGCUGGUGUAGUGACCUUGACCUUUCCUCUCUACAGCCAUUAUGAUUCUGCUGGAUAUAUUUACGCUGCUGUUGCCGGUUUCUAUACUGGUGCACCGAAUACUGUAAUGACACCGAUCACAUUGAGGCUCGUAGGAGUACAAGAUAUAUCAUCAGCACAUGGUUUGGAAAUUUUCUUCUGUGGAAUAGGCAUUUUGGCUGGACCUCCAAUUGCAGCUAGUUUGUAUGAAACAACUAAAUCAUAUGAAAGCAGUUUCAUGAUGUCAGGACUAGUAGUGUUAGUGGGUAGUAUUCUUGGAAUAUUAGCAUCUAUAAAAGCACCCCUUGCACCUUCAGAAGAUAAACUAGAAGACAAGACUUACUACAUUACCAGCAAUGAUGAACGUGAAGAGGGAGAAGCCGCCUCUUUGCCGGACGCGCAUGCGCAUGCUAGUAUUUGUCUUGAAACAGAAAGCUUAAAGAAGGAAUCUGAAUAA